AUGGGCGACAAGGAUCACGAGGAUGCCAUCACGAAGGAGGAUUCCCUGGAGCAGGAUCCUCCCAACGAGGUCGCUAUUCGUACCGAGACAUUCGCCAUCAAACAGGAAGCUUUGGGCCACGAUCUGCCUGCCAAAUACUGGUUGUCUCCGGGGUUCGUAGGGACCGUUGUCGCACUAUGCUUUGGUAACAUUAGCAACUAUGCUAGCUGGGUGCAGCCAUCAAACUCAUUGACCGUCAUAAACGCUUCAAUAGGCCCCUCGGACAACAUCACAUGGGUAUCGCUGGCUUAUACUCUAGGCUUGGCUGUUGGCAGGUUCCUGAUCUCGAACACACGCAAAGCAGUAGCCGCUAACUCCAUUCCAGGAUUCCUGAUUGUUGGUAGACUGUCCGAUAUUUUCGGGAGACGAUGGCAAGGCUAUUCUUCAAGUCCUCGAGCUUGGCUGACCUUCCUUUCAGGUUCUUCAUUGGCGGCAACUUCUUAGCAUUGCUGUGUGGCAUUCUGGGAGCAACAGCGCAGAAUGUUAAUACUCUAAUCGGCGGCAACGUGUUGGGCGGCCUCGCGGGCGCUGUCCAGAUCUCAUUUACCGUGGCCAUAGCGGAGCUUGUUCCGAACAAACAUCGUCCGUUAUGGGUCGCAGCAAUCUUCUUGUCCAGCGUUGAGUUUGCCGCCUUCGGUCCUGAAAUUGCCCAGCUUCUUGUCACCAACACGGCCGCGGGAUGGAGGUGCGUCAGACGAAUAAUGCUAAGCCUCGCAUAUGUGUUGACAACGAGCAGAUGGAAUUACUACGUCAACAUCAUCGUAUCUGGACUCGCAGUAACUCUAUUCUUCUUCUUCUGUCAGUCCUCUUUGAGCCGACUUGUUGCCUCCGAAAGCGCUGACAGAAUUCAGAUCAUCCGCCAACGUUUCAUUUGCUUCAUUCAGACCGCUCAAGAAUAGAGCAGCUGAAACGGCAGGACCUCGUCGGCUUCAUACUCUUCAUCGGCGGCUUGAUCCUUUUCAUCAUGGGUCUUAGCUGGGGUGGUGUGGUCUAUCCGUGGGCGUCAGCACAUGUGAUCGCAACCAUCAUCGUCGGCUUCCUCGCCUUGGUCGCUUUCGUACUCUGGGACGCAUAUGGACAUUCUGGCGACCCACUACUACCACUGCACUUGUUCAAGACCCGUGGAUAUCUUGCUAUGGUGAUCACGGCUAUGGUUGGCUCUUGCGUGUACUACUCCAUGAACGUCAUUUGGCCGCAGCAGAUUGCAUACCUCUUUGGCGGGUCUGCGGCUCAUCGCGGCUGGCUGGCAUGCGUCGUUGGAGCAGCAACUCUUUGUGGACAAGUCUCUGGAGCGGCAUUGUGCCAGUACAUCAAACAAUCAAGGUGGAUCUUGAUAUAUGGGACCUUAUCGCUCUUGGCUUUCUCCGGCGCGAUGAUUAGUAUUGGCCCAGGACAGGAAUCAAAGGGCGUUGGCUUGAUGUUCAUGGCAUGUCUCAGUGUAGGGAUCAUCGAAGCUUGUUCCUUAUCUCUUGGUCAGUCGAAACAUAUUGCAGGUGUUGGGAACUCUUACUGAUGACUUCAGCCCCUCUUGCCUUGCCUUCCGAAGACAUCGGCGCCGCCCUUGGUGCGUUGGGCUCCAUCAGAUCGGGCGGUGCAUCUGUUGCGACUGCAAUCUACGUAAGUCAAACAGAUCCUGUGUGAUGUCGCGUCGCUAGCUCACUGAUGCCCCUUACAGACCACCAUCUUGAACAACAAGCUCGCCACAUACCUCCCUCUGUAUGUAUCGCCUGCUGCAACCGAUGCUGGUCUUCCGCAAUCAUCUCUUCCCGCGCUGUUCACCGCGAUCAAAGCUGGCGAUCUGAGCAAUGUCCCUGGCAUCUCGCAAGCCGUCGUCGCCGCGGUGACCACUGCAAGUGCGCAAGCAGCAGCAGUAUCUUUCAAGUACGUGUGGUAUGCGGUCGUUGCAUUCGCAGCCUGUUCCGUGAUUGCUGCAUGCUUGACGAUCAACUACGGCGAAUACCUCAACGACACCGUGGAACGCCGGCUCCACGGAAAGACCAUCUCCGCGUCUGUCGAACAUGUUGAAGCUGUUGAAAAGCAGAAGGCAUAG